CUUGCAUUUGAUUAGUUUUCUGAUGGUGGGCAGGUCCGCCUUUGUCGUCUGACCAAAGCAGAUGUUUCACUGUUGUCUUGUUCAGAACGUUUUGGGACAUACACAUGGUGAUAGAAGAAGCUGGGCCUGCUUUGUCCCAAUCAGAGGGUGAGGGGUGUCAGUGAGUCAUGGUCUCAGUAGGGAAUGGAGGUUCCCUCCAACCGGACCAGGACCUCCUCAUCAGCAAAGACAAGCGGAGGCAGUCCAGGUGGCGGGAGUAUGGCAGCUUGUCGGACCCUGCUGGCGACACCUGUCCUACGUGUCAAGGAACGGGGCGCAUCCCAAGAGGUCAGGAAACCCAGCUAGUCGCGGUGAUUCCCUGCAGUGACCAAAGACUGAAACCGAGACACACAAAGCUGUACGUAUGCAUAUCGGUGGCGGUGUGCCUCUUGACCUGUUCGUUGAUCCUAUUCUUCCUCUUCCCACGGAGCAUGACUCUGUCUCCAGUCAUCAACAAAUCUGUGCUGGUGUUCUUCACUCCCAGCACAGUUGAAAUGAAAGUCACUAAUGUCCUCAACAUCACCAAUGAAAACUUUGUGAGUGUUCAGGCUCAUGACAUGGAUCUGCAGGCGCUGAUAUGGGACACUGUUGUGGGCAAGAUAAAGAUCUCCAACGUGACCACAGUGCAUCCACGCUCUCAAAAACCGAUCACUGUCGAGGUACCAAUAUCUAUAGAGGACGUUGGCCUAAAUGGUUACUGCAAGUCCCCCUCUUACCGAAUACACACCUUAUUCCUUCACUUGCAGAUGACUAUGAAAGUGUUCUACCUGGGUCAUUCUGAACAGCUGUCCAUUGACACAUUUCAGUACAUUGACUGUGGAACCAACAACACAGUCCCUCACCUGACUUGAGAGGCUGACCAGUAGGGUUUGUGAGGAAAAGAUUGCUAAUGGCUGGUUUAUCCAUUAGUUAUAUAAAAAACAGAACACUGUGAAGGAGGAAUUUACCCUUCUGAGAUUACAACAACAUUACUACUGUGGGUGUUGUCACAUUGUAUUUCACAACUUUCCUCCACUUUAUUUUACUGUUUACAGCUGUAAGAUAUAGAGAUUUAUGUUAAGCAGCAAAGAUGAAAAAAAAUACUGUUCAUUAAUACAAUGUGAAGGGUCGUUCAAACCAGGAACGAUAAGUAUAAAGAUAACUAUAACUAUAACUAUAAUGAUAAAAGCAUCCACACUGAAACAAUGAUAAGGAAAGUCUCUCCUCGUGUUGAAUAAUGUGAUGAGUUCUGAUUGGCUGUCAGCUUUUUAUCAUUCUCAAAAUCGCUUUGAAAGUGAUCCCUGAUGAUAUAGUUAUUCAUGUUGUCAUGUUGUUGUUUCUAUAGUUUAUGUGUGGAUUUUAUUCAUUUUUACGAGGACGAUACUUUUUUAGUGUUAUCGUUAUAUCGACCCUAGACAGUAGACUUCUCUGACAAUCCUACCAAAUAGAAUGUUGAAACCAAAUUUUUCAAGAGGGAAAAAAAAGAAGAAAAGGGGCUGUGGUCACUGGCAUACAAUACCAGUUAUACAGUUAUUUUUUUCUCAAUUCUAUGAAUGAGACAGAAGAGAAGGUUUUGAUUUUAUUUGUCUUAAUUGUUUGUUGCAUGCUGACGCCAUUUGAUGGACAAGUUGGAGCGUUUGAAAGGAUGGAAUGUUGCUCUCAGAGUAGAGUGAAGGUUGAACUACUCGGAUGUCACCACUGCUGGGCAUACUGUAUGGACUGAAGCACAAAAAAAGCGUCACGCAGGGAGAGUUUCAGUGUCAGUAUGUUUUUGUAAGGUAUUUGUUGCCUAUUGUGUUUGCGCACUUUAUCUGAAUGUCCAGUGUUUUCUGAAUAAAUGUCUUUCAAUCGUGA